AUGACAUCGCACCAUCCUAAAACUGGAAAUUGCCCAUGCCAAUGCGAAUGUCAUUGCAAUUAUGGUAUUUCUAUUCAAAACGAUACAAGAUUCACAAGUCAAUUAGAUACUGUUGCUACUUUUAUUAAAGGUCUGCAUAACUAUAUUCCUGCACCUCCAAAACGUCGUGCCGGAAUUUUAAGAAUAAAUAUUAUAGUAUGUCUUGACCGUGUAUCUAGUAUUAUUCCAAAAAUUGGCUCUCCUAUUUGGGACGAUUUGAAAUCACGAAAUAUGAUACAAGAGAAUAUCGAAAUUCCUACGCACUCAUCUUCAACUGAAAUUAAUGAAAAGAUCUCUAAUUUAUUUCCCGAUUUGAACGGGAAAAGAUGGUGCUUAUUUAACAGUAGUUCUUGUACAUUAAGAAAAGUUUCAUAUAAUGAAAUAACUUGCGAUUUAAUUAAACAGAAUUUAACUAAACAAAAAAAAAUGUAUAUCGCUCCCGAUGCUGUUGACAUUCCGGAAACUUUUUACAUUCCUGAUAUUAAUGAAAUUACUAAUGCUUUUGAUGUUCCCGAUGUUAUCGAUGCUUUUGAUUUUCCCGAUGUUACCGAUGCUUUUGAUUUCCCCGAUGCUUCCAACGUUACCGAUGCUUUCGAUGUUCCCGAUGCUAUUGAUGUUCUUGAUACUUCCGGCGUUACCGAUGCUUUUGACGUUCUCGAUGCUUUCAACGUUCCCGGUGCUUUUUUUCCCAAUGAUGUUACCGAUGCUUUUGCUUUCAACGUUCCUGAUGCAAAUUAG